CAGAAGCACUCCCAUGUCCCGUCCGCUUAGGGGACGAGGCACAAGGAUGUUUAGGGCACGCAUCAGCUCCUCGCGUGUAAAGCAUGUUAAAUAUUCUCGUCAGGACAUCCUGCAAUCUCAGAAGUCAAGGCCUGGAAGGAAGGGUGUGUCCACAGUUGUUGGCUUGAGGCUCCACGUUCAAAGUCACGCAGUUGUUUUUUUCACAAGCCUCGUACCAAGGCUACUCAAGCGGACGGACCAUUCGACCACAUCUGUACCCUCGGCGUUUGCCGCCAUGACCUCAGGGAGAUGUGCUUGGCUCGUGGUUGCUCUGCUCUUCAUUGCUCCAGCGGACACGUGCCCAUCCGUUUGCCGGUGCGAUGCAGACAGUGAACUCGUCUACUGCAAUGACAAGAACUUAACUUCGGUUCCGAGUGGAAUACCUGAGAACACGCACGUGCUGUAUCUCCAAGAUAACCUGAUUACUGCGGCUGGGAUUCCUCUUGCGAUAAAGAAUUUGACUAAUUUGAAAUUGCUAUAUUUGUACGGAAAUCGACUAGAGUCCUUCCCAAUGAAUCUACCAACAGGUCUACUAGAACUACAUCUGCAGAUGAACAAAUUACGUAGAAUAUCCAGAGAGGCUCUUUCACAGAUUCGUCUGCUGGAAAAGCUUCACCUCGAUGACAAUGAUCUUGCUACGAGUGAGAUUGAGCAAGGUGCUUUUCGAGAAUUAAGUUCUAUUAAAGGUUUGUAUUUCUCCUCUAAUCAAUUGUCGUCUGUGCCUUAUGACCUCCCGAAAAGUUUGGAAGAACUACAACUGGAAAGCAAUCGGAUCACAACAAUAUUGGAAGAUACUUUUGAAGGAAUGGUGAACCUAAAGCAUUUAAAUCUGGACUGGAAUGCAUUAACGAGUGAAGGUAUUCAUGAUAGUUCAUUUGCCGACCUUACAGAGCUGGAAGAACUGUCGUUAGCAAACAAUUUACUAACUUCACCACCAAGAAUUUUGCCAGGAACGAAUUUGCAAAAACUGCAUUUGCAACAUAACAACAUCACAGCAAUUCCGUCAAACUCAUUUUUGUCUUUACAUAACCUUGUUUACCUUGAUUUAUCAGAAAACCACAUAAAGAGUUUGCCCGUUGAAGCCUUUAGUGGACUGAACAACCUGAAACAACUCACACUUCAGAACAAUCCAUGGUUGUGUGACCGCAAGCUCCUGUUGCUCAAAGACUUCUUGGAAACAAGUACUGUGCAUGUGAAUGGAUUUAUUUGCAAUGAACCACACUACCUGAAAGGUGAAACUUACAAGGCAAUAAGACCUGAAAUGUUGAACUCUCGCAACGCCAAGCUGUCUACAUCUUUAAUGGUAAUGGAAAAUGCCACUUUGGAGCCAACUACAAAAUACACUACAACACAUACUUCGAGCGAAGUUGCUGAAACCACGUCAGCUAGCGAUUUCACGACAAACCAAGAAGGGAAAACUACGGCCAUACCUACGCUUGUAACUACAACAAGUAAUACAACCUCAGAAACUACUAUGGCCCCAACAACAGAUCAUCUAACAUCACAGAGCUACAGCAAUCCUGUGUUAAGAGGGCAGUCAAUGGGCGAGCAAGAAAUCAAGGUUGAAUGGGAAUUUAUGCAUCCCAAUGCAUUAUAUAAUCUCAGUUGGACAGAAACUGAAAAUAAAACUCCCGCGGCAGAGACUUCGUCGGAAAUAGUCUACGGCAGCCCUCCUUCAUAUGUCAUCACGAAACUUCGGGCAGAAACAGCUUACAGGAUAUGUUUGGAACUCGUACGGCAUGACAAUAUGUUACUUCAGGACACUGCGGCAAUUUGCACGGACGCACGGACAAAUGGUUCUUUGCCAAAUAACCUUACUUUGUUUUUAAACCAGGACCAAACCAUUUUAGCUGACCAAGGUCUUCCUAUUCCAGUGGCUGGUCUCUUAGGAGGAAGCGUUGCCUCUGUGCUGGUGUUGGUGCUUCUCGGUGCUCUGUGCUGGUACUCGCACAAAACUGGCCGCUACUUUGUUACGCGCAGGGCACCCAGAAAGGCAUCCCGCUUGAGGAAUGUGAAGCAACAGUAUCCAAACAAGCAAAGAGUCUUGGAGAUGAAUGUACCGCCGCACAAGAGGGAACAAUUAAAGAGCCAUGUGCACGAUGGUAAAAAUAUAGACAACGUAAAAAACUGUAAUUUAAAUUCUGAAAACAAUACAAACCCACUGAAUACAAACGAGCUGUGUGCAUGACCUCAGUGGCUGCACUGGACAGUGAUGGCUUAUAUGCCGCUAAUGAAGCCCACGUCAUGCAUUUUAGCAUCGAUGUAUUAAAACAUUAAAAACGAUUUUGUCAUCUGAGCUGUUAAAAUAUUACUAUUUGGCACUCCAUGGUCCAUGAAUGACAAAUGCGAUGCAUGUGUUUUGUAAAUACGUUGUGAAAAGUAUAAGAAGGUGUUUUUUUAAAUUUGCAUUGAGGCACUAUGUGGUCAAAUUUAAUUUCCUUGUCGCGUGCAUAUCAUUUUUACUAGUGGGCAACUUCAGGUUAUGUACACAUGCAAUGGAUUAGGCUAAAUGACUUAAAAGCAUGUUUUGACCCUUGCCUGAAAAAGAGUACAGUAUAUGAAAUCUAAACCGUUUCAAGAACAGAAAGGGUAUCUGUAUAACAUUUUACAUGGCAAUGUAAUAAUAGUUCGUUUUUAGAGGAUUCUCCAGGGGACUCAUAAUUUAAAGAACGUAGUUUUAAUUCCCAGUGUAGGUUACCAAUACCUUGGGGAAGUUGCAGUACGGAUUGCUGGAAUGGGCAGUCAUAUCUGCCAUGCGAUGUUCUGGAUGCAGCACUGGUACAGUGCAAUGUGAUGAUAUUCUUGCGUGUGGGGAAAAUGUGGGAAACCCCCCCAAAAAAUGUUUUUUCAAUCCCAAUCUGACCAGUUGCUGAAGCUCUCCCCGUUCAAGAAGGGGGACUUCCAUUGUAUAAUUUGUACAGAUCUGCCAUUGACUUAUUUAAUAUUGCAUGAGGCACUGGUGCCAUGUGACGAGUAGCCACAGCCAUUGCAAGAUAUAUACUCGAGGUGGUGUGCCGAGAUGCGGAAAUAUUCUCCAGGUCACCGAUCCCAGAUAAACCUGGCUGAAAUGAAGCCCUGCCGUACUGUACAUGGAUAAUAUAAAUGUGCUUAAAACUACUUCUGUUAUAUCCCUCGCCUCGUAUACUGAAGGACAUGGGUUCAAUUCCGAUCCUGACACCUAUAUAUUUGGAGUUUGCAUGUUGUGGGUUUUUCUCCGGAUCUUCCGGUUUUUCCCUCCACAUUUAGAAACAUUUGUUUAAGGGUAUUUGGCUGCGAUGAAUUCCCACGUGGUAAGCCACUUCGUUGAGCUAUCAUUUGUGAAAGCCAGGUAGCUUUUGAAAAAUAUCUAUAUAGCUAAAAAAUAUCUAUAUUGCUAUAUUUUAUCUGGUAAAAUAAAAAAAAAAUUGUUGAGUUUUUAGUUUUAGCUGACAUUGACAUAUUAAAAAAAUAUGUACAGCCCUUUGUCAAUCCAUUCUUGGAUGAAGACCUUCCCACAGUUUAGUUCAUGGGGGUUUUUCUGCAUACUUCACCACGCUGGUAAUUGUGACUUGGUGAAAUGUUGUGGCGAGACUGGUGGGGGAAUUGAGUGCUCGUUCGAUAAUCGGGAAUCGAACUCGAUGCACCAUGUUCAUCGGGCAGUGAGUUAACCGCUGCACCACCACUCUGCCCUGCCAUUUGCGUACUUCUUUAUAUACAUGUGGAUUAUUUAAAUGCACUUAAAAUUAAUAUUCUAUUUACCUUUCAUAUUGAUAGCACUGUCAAAGAAAAUAUAUUAUCUAUUUAUAAAACAAUAUUGCAUUUUUAAAUGUAGCUUAUUGACAAUACAAGCACGUAAUGGACUGAUGUUUAUUUUUAAAUGUGGUUUAGUUAUAAUUUGCACAUGCAUCUGGAAUUUAAAUUAUAAAGAAAACAAUAUGCAUUUCCAUAUUACAACUGAAACGGCCACAGAUGGCACUUUUUAUGAUGGAGUAUAAAGAGUGAUUGAUCGUCUAUUAACCAGUGAAAAGAUUUUAUAGAGAUUUCAGCCACUGCCAUGCAUCAAUUUGCCUAGUGCAAAGCGAGCUCAGGAACAACAUGAAUGCCAACUCAUAUGCGACAAUGUCGUGAACGCAUUGCAAAGCUGCGAUACGUUCUUCCCAAUGGGUGCAAUGCAAUGAAUGGCUUGGUGUCCGCUGGCUACGGUGUCAAUCCGCAAUGGAUGCAGUGCACUUCAGCUCAGAGAGGCAAUGUGAUGGCCCAUACGUUGCUGUGAAUUCCUGUGAUUCAUAAAACUCAGUGGAUGGGUAGGGAAUUAUAGAAUUCUGAAAGUGGUGCGUUGCAUUGAGUAUUCAAUAAUAUUUAUAACAACAUUUACAUUUUUGUUGCAUUUUGGUUCUCAUAACGUCCAAGUAUGAUGAAUAGACUCAGCAGAUGAUGUCUUGAUAAUGUGAAUACAGUAGCACUGCUGCUUGCGUAGGUUUUCAUACUUAUGGCUAUUCAGCUCUCUGGUGUGCUUUCGGAGUCAUACCGCACAUUGUCCGGCACGAUGUCCAACGUUUCACCCGACGUGCUGGGAGCUUCUUCAAAAACUGAAUGAAAUAUUGGACGUCGUGCCAGAUAACACGCAGUAUAAACCUAAAACAAAUCAGACAGCUAUACAACAGAAUUACGUUGCUUCCUGUACAAAUGUAUGUUCCCAAUGAAGACGCAUUGGACACCCUCCACCAAAUAUAUUUUUCUUUGGUCCCUACAUUCCUGUGCCAAUAGGCAUCUUCGUGACAUGCUAACACCUGCCAUAUAUUUAACUCAAUUCGCACUCACAAGAGAGUUGCCUGUGAAGAGAUUGCAUCCAAUGCUGGGAACACAAAUCAUAGGUGUUGCGUGCCGAGUCUAUUGGCUAUCAUCCCUCUUCAGAAAACCAUACUGCAUAUACCUUAGCACAAUAUGCGUCACUAUAUGGGUCAGAGAGUUGGGAAACAAACACAGGUGCAUGUGGAAGGUGAUAGCAAUUUUAUGGAAGGAGAGGGCAAGCAACCUGGGAAAGCAGUAUUCUUGGAUGCAAAGAAAAAAAUCCCCUUGUAAUGUGUGGGAUACAUGUGUAGAUUAGCGAAACAGACGGAGUGACAUGAAGGUUCACAAUUGAGGGGAAGACCUAAAGCCAGAUGGUGGGAUACGCUGUGGCCAGACCCUCAUGGUCAAGUGUCCGUCUUACAUCAACUGUGGAUCUCGAAGAAGGGAGGGAGGAAGUGAUGGCUAAGUGUGAUGAUAUCAACGACAUUGGCAAUGAUGACCUCUUGACCUUGACAUGUACUUUGUUUUGUUACUUAACAUUUUCUGAGACGAUGUUGUUUUUCAAAUAAAUUUCCAAUAUAUGAUUAUAUUGCUGAUACAUGCGGGGCUUUAAUUUUCACCUAACAGUAUGUUUGAAUGACUUUUUUAGUGUACUAUUGUCGAUAUGUUUUCAUUGCUCCUUUUAGUUUGAAACUGUUCUCUGGGUAACAUUUACGAGACAGACCUCAUUGACUUUCUUGACAUUGAGCAACAAACUGAUUAUUAAACUGAGCCGCCUAUUCAAUGAGGUGGACGAUUGAUGUGGGUGCAAAGCAUACACGGAACAUUAUGCACCCAGCUCUGAGUUACUCGUCACGUUAAAUAAGUAUGACUGGCUCAAAUUUUCAUUAACAUGUCGCAGCAUUAUUAACUCAGGGGCACGUCGCUCAAAGUCAAAUGCGACAUUUUCGAUCAACAAAACGUCAGCCACGACGGCCACUUUGUCAGUCCUGAUAGCAUAGCUUUUAGUAAUAGCCAGCACUUAGCCCAUUACGUCUCCUUCAACCCUAUUACGGAUUGCUUUAUCAUAAUAUGAAUCUUGCUCGCCAAGUCUCAUUCAACAGAAUCUCAGCUGGAAGAGAUUACAUAUUAAUUACCACAUUUGCAAGUUUCAAAAAAUGUCUGCAAUUUACAGGGAAUAUUUCUUAUAAACUUCCCACACGAGUGAGGUUGAAGGCAAGACUCUUGUUGUUUUUUUGCGGCAAGAUGGGAAUAACUAUGCAGGAAGCAGGAUGUUACUAAUUUAAUAAAAUGAUUGAGAAAAGUUUUCCACAUUAACGAAGCAUCCGGUUUCUCUGAGUAGUCAUCCUGUUGUGAUUCCGCAAAUUGCUAUCAGUCACUAACAUUAAAAUCAGUUGUAUAAACAUAAAUUAGAUCCAUUAGCUGAGUCAAUGCCAUGAUGUGAAAGAAGUCUUUGUCAGUCACUCUGUCAUGAACCAGACCAAGGUGAAACAGUCAUGUUUGAGGUUGUGGCCUAGACAUGUGACUCAUGGAAAAUGAAGUUUUAAAAAAGGCUCUCAUACUUUGUUUCCAUUUACAAAAUGUGAAAGUGUGUGGCUAUAAAAAUA